CUUCCUCUGCAGAUCCUCGGCAUAUCCCAUGUGCCAUUCUCAUCAAUUGCGGGCACGGGAAGCAAUCCGUCGCUGACGUCGCCGUUCGCUUCCUUUCAAAAGAAACAUUACUUGAGGCCUCACGGCCACCGUCUGACUCUUGAAGCCCAUCCCAAGGUAUGAAUUAAUACUACGAGUAUUUGCUAGGGAUCCUUGCUUAUCACCGAAUCGAACUCCCCCAUUCCCACAAUCAUUCAUCAUCCCAGAUUCGCAAUAUCACACGAUAGCUGUACGGAGUAGGUAGUCGAGGGUAAUUGCCUCUCCACCCGCCCGCAGACUCUCCGUGUAUUCCCUUUUACAGUAUCUCAAAACACUCUCGCACCCGCAUACACACAGUCUUGCGUCGAAUUGGAACUAUGGCCGCGAUCCACCGUCCUGCGCAUCUGACACACCAUGCCGCCAAAGUCGCCUCCGCAGCAUGUAUCGAGAAAGCCCAAGCCAUCGGCGUGCCCAUGAACAUCGCCAUCGUCGACGCCUCGCUCUACCUCCUGCAUUUCGAGCGGAUGCCCGGCGCUAAGCUGACAUCCAUCGACAUCGCGCAGAACAAAGCCUUCACGGCCGCGGGCCACCGAGCGCCGACCUCAGUGUAUAAAGAGACUGUCUGGCCCGGCGGCGCAGCGUUUGGACUGAACAAUAGCAACAACGGCAGAUUCAUGUACGUCGCUGGUGGCAUCCCGAUCGUGGUGGACGGCGAAGUGGUAGGCGCAAUCGGCUGCAGUACAGGAACACCCGCUCAAGACACGAAGGUGGCGCAGGCCGGUGUUGAUGCUGUGAUGGACUACGUCAAGAAGAACCAAGCGGGGAAGCCAAAGUUAUAAAAAGCAUACGCAGGAAGGCUUGAUAUAUCGAUGCUCGUACCAAUAUACUGCGUGGGAACACGUUUGAUCCUGGACAGUACGCGAGUCACUCUGGUUCCAUAACUAUAUGCAUCAGUGGUCAGAAACACUACACGUUCGUUAUGCCGUUGCUAGCCGAGCCAUAGCAUCACGGUCAUGGAUCGAAGGUCGCACAUCUUCAGACACAGUGCAAGCUCUCAGAAUGUGCAGGUGUCGAGCUACUUAUGCUGAUAAUAGGAAGUCGUUGCUAGGAAAUCCGCC